UGCCGUAUAUAAAGCAGCGUCCCUCUCUCUCUUUUCUCCACAACAAAAUCCCUACCUUCUAAGAGUUCCUGCGUUUGAUUCUUUUCCCAAUUUCCUAAUCUUUUUAAUCAUCCUUUUUUCCCUAUAAAAGGUAGUUGACAGUUUAAUCUGCUGCGUCAGCAGUUUGCUAAAGUGGAGGCCUUUACCUUUGAAUCUUCUUUUAUGUCUGAACGGGCCUCUCUCUUUUUGUCAUCAAUUGGAUUGCUUGGAGAGUACUGUCCCACUUCUAGAAAAAAGAAUAGAAGUUCCUCCUCCGAAGAUAUCUGCAUGCAUAUUGAGGCAAAUAACACUCACUGUCUAGGUUGUCGUUUUAUGCGACCUCUUCCAAGUGCAAGGAAGCUGUCUGGUAAAAAAUUUCUCACUACAAUUGAAAACACUAGUAUCUGAUUUGUCCUUUCUGAUUAACACUCUCCCACGGUUUGAUCAAGAUGGCUUUGCAAAAUAUUGGUGCUGCGAACAGUGAUGAUGCCUUUUAUAGGUAUAAGAUGCCCAAAAUGAUAACUAAGAUUGAAGGGAGAGGAAAUGGCAUCAAGACUAAUGUGGUUAACAUGGUUGAGAUUGCAAAGGCUUUGGCUAGACCUGCUUCUUACACUACAAAGUAUUUUGGUUGUGAACUGGGAGCCCAAUCCAAGUUUGAUGAGAAGGCUGGAACUUCACUUGUAAAUGGCGCCCAUGACACUGCCAAGCUUGCAGGGCUUCUUGAGAGCUUUAUUAAGAAAUAUGUUCAAUGCUAUGGUUGUGGGAACCCUGAAACUGAGAUAGUUAUAACGAAGACACAGAUGAUUACCUUGAAAUGUGCUGCAUGUGGGUUUGUUUCUGAUGUUGACAUGCGAGAUAAGCUUACAACUUUCAUUCUUAAAAACCCACCUGAGGCAAAGAAGUCGUCUAAAGACAAGAAGGCAAUGAGGAGGGCUGAAAAGGAAAGACUCAAGGAGGGUGAGGCUGCCGAUGAGGAGCUGAAGAAGAUUAAAAAAGAGGCAAAAAAGAAAGGUUCCUCUACUACAAAGGUUGCUGCUUCCAAAGGUGCGGUAACCAAGAAGAAAAGCAAACAUUCUGAUGAGGAUCACUCCCCUGCACACAGCCAAGCUGAUGAGAAUGAGCAGGUGGCCAGUGAUUACGAUGAUGAUGUCCAGUGGCAAACAGAUACUUCUCUGGAGGCUGCUCAACAACGUAUCCAAGAGCAGUUGAAUACUGUUACUGCAGAUAUGGUGAUGCUUUCUACUAAUGAAGAGAAGAAAAAGUCAGUGAAGAAGUCUCCAGAGCCUGACAUUAUGGUACCCGAGAAUGGCAUCAGUGCCCAUGAGAAACUUGUUGAUGAGAUAAAGGAAUAUCUCAAUAAGGGGUCGUCUGCAACACAGCUUAAAUCCUUCCUAGGUUCACUCUCUGGAACCUCCCAAGAAGAAGUCAUGGAUGCCCUUUUUACAGCGCUCUUUCAUGAUGUUGGAAAGGGGUUUGCAAGGGAAGUAACUAAAAAGAAGAACUACCUUGCAGCAGCAGCCAUAGAAGAGGGAUGGACGAUGCUGCUCCUCCAUUCUAUCGAGUCUUUUUGUGGCAAGGCUAGCCCUGAGGCAGCUAAGGAGGUGGCUUUAGUUCUUAAAGUGCUGUAUGACAAUGACAUCUUGGAAGAAGAGUUCAUCAUGGAGUGGUACCAGAAGGGUAUAGCCGGUAGUAAUAAGAGUUCUCAUUUUUGGAAGAAUGUCAAGCCCUUCAUUGAGUGGCUCCAGAAUGCUGAGUCCGAGUCAGAAGAGGAGUGAUUAUGAAGCUUUUGGUUUAGUUGCAUUUAUUAUGCUUUAUGGCUGCUUUUAGUACAAUAAGUUUAUCUAUCGUGGCUUUAGGUUUCAUUGGUUGGCACUUGGUCUUGUUCUUUAAAUAAAUUACAGUGAGAUAGCUCCUACAUGCUCUCUGUUGUGUUGUGAUUAUUACGUCUGUUUAAGUCUGGUUUUCGGAGUUGUUUCAACAUAAUUUAUUUCCAUGUUUUUAAAUGAACGAGUUUCAGUUGAGUUAUUUUGGCCAUUUAGUUGAAA